CAGUUGCUCUCAAUGUCAUGUGCGGGCAGUUUCUAGUGUGCUAACUGUGUUUGCAAACUUUGAUAUUUAACAGUUUUUGAUACCGUAAUUGUUUUUUAAUUGUUUAUGUAAUUGACUUUGUUAGUGUAAAGAACAGUAGUGUAAAAUGAGUGAUGUUAAACGUAAGAGACUGGUUGUGACGAUGGAACAAAAACUAAAAGCAAUAGAACGGCUUGAUAAAGGGGAAUCUGUUAAAAGCAUUAGCGAUGAACUCGGUGUCGGUGUUACAACGGUCAAGGACUGGAAGCGUAAUAAAAAAUCCAUUCAGGACUACUGCACCCAAAUUGAAUCCGAGAAAAUCUUAACCUCUCGUUGCAAUUUAAAGAAACCUACAAACGAGAUUGUUGACGAUGUAUUAUGGCUGUGGUUUACUCAAGAGCGGCGGAAAGGUACACCGAUUAGUGGGCCAAUUUUGAAGGAAAAUGCGAUGGCGUUACACGCUAAAAUUGAAAACUGCGGGACUUUCACGGCGAGUGACGGUUGGCUAGCACGAUGGAAGAAACGUCAUGGUAUCCAUUUUCUGAGUAUAUGCGGUGAAAAACUGUCAGCCGACCCAGGUGCAUCUGCAGGAACAGUUUUUAAAAGCUUUUUUUCACGUGUUUGAAUGAUUUUAACACCUAUUACGACUAUUUACAAUAUUAUUCGGUUUAACCGACCUUUUUCGUUGUCCGACCGCGGUCCGGUCCCGUAGAGGUCGGUUAAGAGAGCUUCUACUGUACUGUCAAAUUAUUCAUGUGAAAUAAAUAUUUAGCUGUUUCCAUAAUUUUCACCAAUAAAACCUACUGUCAAAUUAUUCUUGUAAAAUAAAUAUUUAGCUGUUUCCAUAAUUUUCACCAAUUCUGUAUAAUUCAAAGAUGCUGGUUUAAACGAUUACAAUAGACAAUACAACAGUUCAUGAGCGAUUUCUCCA